AGCACCAUGUGUCAUAACCGAGCCUCCGUCCCUGCGGCGCCCGUCACCCUGGCCCCAACCCCGGGCCCCAUCCCCAGUCCUGGGCGUCGGCGAAGGUCCGGUCCGGAGAUCUUUACUUUCGACCCCCUGCCGGAGCCUGCCACUUACUACCGACCCGCGCGCUCCAGUUUCGCCCACAGGGUAAUUCGCAAGCGUAGCCGCAGGGUCCUCUACCCUCAAAUGGUUCGACGCCAGCCACCUGCAGAGGACCCCAAUCCGGCCAGACGGCUCCUCUUCCUCCUCCUCACUAUUGUCUUUUGUCAGAUUUUGAUGGCCGAGGAGGGAGGGCCAGCGCCUCCAGUGCUAGAAGAACCCCCUAACGACCCCACUCCAGCGCCUCCAGUUGUGGAAUCCCAAAACUUGACGUCUGAGCCUCCGGACUACACCGUGGACAUCAGCGCCUUACUCCAACAACACCCGGCAGCCUUCUAAACCACAACCCUAUCCCAACAAAAAAAGAGAAAAAGAAACACAGAUUCGAGGGGUAGGAAAGGGCGUAUGCCAGGCUGAGGCUGGACCUGGGGCACUCUAGAACUUAGAACACUAAAACCAAAGAAUGACAUCAGUGCCACAGGGCCCACGUCCCAGAGCUGGAGUAAUUGGAGGGCAGAGACUUAUCUUACCAUCUUUGGUGCAGAGGAGAAAAGACAUUAAUUUAUUGCUGGUCAUUCCUAGAUAAUAAUAUUUAUAUACAGUUUUUAUUUAUGUACCAUCCCCCUAAGGGUGGGGUGGGGUGGUGGUGGUGAUGGGAGAAGGGUAUAUGUAAUAUUUAUUUUAAUUUAUAUGUUGGAGAGGAGAGAUAUGCCUCCAACUUUCUGCAAUGCAGUUUUGGUUUUGUUUUAUUUAUUGAGAUAUUCUAGUGAGCUGCUGAAGUUAAGACUCCCUAGACCAAACUAAAGCUGAGGGUGGGGAGAAAGCCGGGAAAAAGAAUUAACAGCAAUUGGGCGGUGAUGGGUGACUGGGAUUGGGGAACUGAAUCAAGGGAGGGGUUGGGAAAGAAAGACUAGUGAUAGGGGUAGUACCUUUAGGGGUGACGAUAUCCACCCCACACACAUAUCUUAACUCAGUGGGGCCUACUUAUGUGAGGCCCCAUAAGGGUUAAAGAGUUCAUUGACCACCUAUUACUCAGAAACUGCCCCCAAGGGGCUGGGGUGUGGGGUGGGUCUGUUGCCUUGUAUGUUCUAUGAACAGCAAAUAAAAUUGAUUUUACUACUGGAAA